GGUGCGCGCUCAGCUCAGCUCGGCUCGGCUCGGCUCGGGUGGGACGGAGCUGCUCACCGUCCCUGACUAAGACUCGCACACACACACUAACACACACUCAACACACUGAACGCCAAAGUGUAGCAUCAUUUAACACUGAUGGAUCCGGAGUUGUGCGCGUGCUGCGGCUUCCGUGGAUGAACGGAGCCGAUUGACGCGCGCGCGCUGGAGGCAGCCGCGUGUGAUUUCCAGCCUCAGUCAUUGUGGCAGCAGCAGCACGAUGCGCGAGGGAGACACACAGAGAGCUGAGGAGCCUCUGCCGGAGAUGUCGACCGACAGGAAUCCCUCAGCCUGCCCAGGAAAUAUGGACUAAAUCCGGCUUCUCCGUGGCUGUUUCCCCCCCUCCUCCCUCCUUCGGCUUUUUUGUCUGCACGUCGCCACAGUGUUGUAGAGUGGACCAGGAUGCCGUGUGGGCGAUGCUGCCACAAGGGAUACGUUGUGAUUUCGCAGAGAUGUUUGGCCAAAGCGUCGCUUGCAUAUAAUUAGAAAUAAAGGAGGAACUGGGAGCGCAAGAAGGGGGAUCUAAUAAUAAAAAAGACAUCACCACCUGUUACCAGGAAAAACCAGCUCUUAUCUCGUCACAGCAGCUCCUCAUCUGCAGGUGGCCUUUGUAUCAGUGUGGUACCUUCGCCACGUCCCCUGCAGCACGGACACCGAUUAGCGGCCGCCAGGAGUGAAACCUCGCUACACGAUAGCCUCAUUCUGUUCCUCAGCUCCACCGGGAGCGAUCCUGCAACAUCCACAGCCUGCCAGGAGGGGUGACAGCUCCACUCGCUGCCUCCCAAGUCACCAAAGCCUGUCAGCCAUGACUCGGGAAGGCCUCCUGCUACGGCUCGGAUCAGGGAUCGACUCGCUGCUCGAUGGCUAGAUCUCACCACACAAAGAGCUGGGGGCCUUUCUGCUGAGGUAACUCUCAGUCUCUCUCCUAUCCCUCACUGCAUAGUAGCACAUGGAUUUCAAGACUUCAAAUGAAGAGACAAAGACUGGGAUUUAUUUGAUGCAAGAAGGUAAUGAGGAGCCGUUUAAUAUUCGACUACACUUGGCCAAAGAUAUUCUGACCAUUCAAGAACAAGAUGUCAUCUGUGUGUCAGGGGAGCCUUUUUAUUCAAGCGAGCGGACUGUAACGAUCAGGCGGCAGACGAUUGGAGGGUUCGGUCUGAGCAUCAAGGGUGGAGCAGAGCAUAAAAUCCCUGUUGUCAUAUCGAAAAUAUCAAAAGAACAAAAAGCUGAACUCUCUGGGCUGCUCUUUAUUGGCGACGGCAUCCUUCAGAUAAAUGGAAUAAACGUGAGGAGCUAUCGCCACGAGGAAGUGGUGCAAGUUUUGAGAAACGCUGGUGAAGAAGUGACGCUCACCGUCUCGUUCCUGAAGAAGACGCCGGCCUUUUUGAAACUGCCCCUGUGCGAGGACUGCACAUGUGAGAACCCUCCACAUGCACACGCUCUGAAAAGCAUUCCGAGCGACCAGAGUAGCGGGACGUCCUCUCCUCUGUGUGACAGCGGCCUGCACUUGAACUACCAUCCCAACAACACGGACACGCUGUCCUGUUCGUCCUGGCCCACGUCCUCGGGGCUUCGCUGGGAGAAGAGAUGGGUGGACCUGCGCCUUAUUCCACUGCUGCACUCACGCCUGUCACAGUACAUGCCGGGCUCUGAUGUCUGCAGGAAAAAUGCUUUCCAGGUUAUCGCCGUGGACGGAGUUUGCAGCGGAGUCGUACAGUUUCCUGCAGCGGAGGACUGCGUGGACUGGCUUCAGGCAAUAGUGGGCAACAUCUCCGGUCUCACCAAGCACAAUGUGAAGAAGAUUAACAGGAAUUUUCCAGUUAACCAGCAGAUUAUCUACAUGGGCUGGGUCGAAGACAAGGAGCAGGACUCCGUUCAAGACCGAAUGUAUUCACCAAAGUUCCUCGCGUUGAGGGGUUCCUCACUCUUCAAGUUUUCAGCCCCUCCCGUGACGACAUGGGACUGGACCAGAGCGGAGAAAAGCUUUACUGUGUACGAGAUAAUGAGCAAGAUUCUAAAGGAUAACGACCUUCUGGACAAGAGGAGGCACGUCUUCAGCGUCCAGACGGAGAGCGGGGAGGACAUGUUCUUCAGCGUGGAGCUGGAGUGCGAGCUGCUGAUCUGGGAAAAGGCUUUUCAGAUGGCCACCUUCCUGGAGGUGGAGAGGAUACAGAGUAAAACAUACGCCUGUAUCAUGGAGAGCCACCUCAUGGGUCUUACUAUUGACUUCAGCAUGGGCUUUGUGUGCUUUGAUGCAGCUUCAAAGGCCGUGCUGUGGAGAUAUAAAUUCUCCCAACUGAAAGGAUCAUCUGAUGACGGAAAAAGCAAGAUCAAGUUUUUAUUCCAAAAUCCAGACUCCAAAUCCAUUGAGGCAAAGGAGCUGGAGUUCUCGAACCUCUUCGCCGUGCUCCAUUGUAUUCACGCUUUUUUCGCUGCCAAGGUCGCUUGCCUGGACCCGAUGUUCGUGGAGAGCCAAGGCACCGCGACCACCCCCGGAAUUCCUCCUCUCUCCGGUAUCUCUUGUAAUUCACAGACACCCAAACUCAAAUAUGCCACUUGACAGGCGCCGCUCUCCGCAACACGCCUUUCAUAAAAAAGACGCUGCACUUCGGUGUGACUGUGGCCUAAACGGGUGGAAAAAAAGACAGGUGAAGAGGUGGAGAAAAAAAAAGAUUGAGAUUACGACAUUAUGGAGGACAACUGUAACGGUGGAAUAAAUAAGCCUCUUAGGGAUGGACACACUUGAUAUCUCUGAAGAAGCAUCGGAUUUCUGGGAUUUCUUGAGUCGUUGUGGACCUGAACACAAACUGAAACACUCUACGAACACAAAACGUCCGACUCAAAGGGUUUUUAAGUGGAUCUGUCCUUCUCCUGAUCCUCAGACGUCCUUAUAAUCAACAACACAAAGAAAAUGUUAAGUUCUUUCCCCAAGUUUUUCUACCUUAUGUAGUUUUACUGAAUUUGAGGUUCAAGCAAAUCAGAUUUGAGCCUUUUUUUUCCACAUAUGAUUGUCUUUUUCUAAAGUAAAAUAGAAGUGGAGUCCAAGUCCAACUUCAGCAGUUGAAUUUUGAUUGAAUUUAUCACAUAUUCGUUUUCUGGCUGCUUUAACUGAAGAAAUGACUGGUUUCAGAUCAGCGUGUGUACAAACCUUCUCCAUAACCUUAAUUCUUUCUCUCUGCAUAUCACUUAGACCUGUGUCUGAGGUCAGAGUGUAACUAUCUGCGGGAAACCUGGACUGUCGUUUUUAUCGUAUGGGUGAGAAAUGAGAAUUUGAUAAUCAAUUAGGUUCACCAUCCACUCGACCAUAAUCUGACUCAACCCGGUUUAAACAUGAUUAGAAACACCUUUCAUAAUCCUUUUAUCAUUAUUUCCCCCUUAAGCUUGAUUAUGUAAAUAAACACUGACAUUCAAAUGAACUCAGAGAAUUAUGAAUAAUGGGGAACUACUCCUAGGGAUUACUGCAUUUGUUGAUUUGAGGUGCACCGGAGACGACUAGGUAGAUACUGCAUAACCUCGUACUCCCUUCAUUUACUCUAUGGACCAAUUUAGGAGAAUAAAGAUCAGCGAUGGUGUAUUUUUGGAAUAUUUUAUCUUUUUGACUUCAGCUUGUAAAUAUGAUAAAGAGAAAGAAAAUCUAACUUCUGGAGAAAAACACACCGAGAGGGAAAACAGGAAAAACCGUAGCAGAGGUUCGAGACGGCCCUUUAAACUUCACUCUGUGUUGUAUUGUUUAUUAAUGCUGCAGAGUCACAACUAAAUGAUCCCGUUCGACGAGAGAGCUCCGGCGCAAUUAGUCAAGCUCUUACCUUCCAUUUACCAAGUAGAAUUCGAGCAGAGGAGGCCCGUGGGUCAGGGAACUCUGGGGGAUAGCAAAUUAAAUGGGGUCAGUAAAGAGCUCGGCGCCGUGCGGGCUUGUUAAGCUGAGGUGUGUGUGUGUGUGUGUGUGCGCGAGGGAAAACGAAUGGCGGUGCAGUCUAUGCAAAGAAAGUCCGAGUGAUGCUUCUGUGCUUUAAAAAUGAUCUCGGUCGCAUAUACCCUUAUAACACAGGAUCCUAGAGGGAGGUUUAUUUUAUUUUUUGCAGAUGUUUUAUUAACAAAUAUGCUGUGUCAGAUAUGAAUAAAUGAGAACUUUUAUAACACGA